AUGCAUGGGAGGUUGCAAACACACUCUGAAAUGCUGAGAAGGAAACUUCGUCACUGUCAUAACCUACGCUUCAAGUUUCUACUGGUGUUGAUUUUUACAGCAGGCACCUUGUCCCUUAUCAAAAUCCACCAGAAGCCAAGCUACAUACAUCAUGGGCGUCUGGAGCUAACUGAUGAAUACCCAAAUAGUAACAUCAACUGCUCCAAGAUAUUGCAGGGAGAUCCAGAGGAAAUUCAGAAAGUGAAGUUGGAGCUCUUAACUGUUUCUUUUAAAAAGAGCCUGAAACUAACUCCAAAUGAUUACAUCAACAUGACAACAGACUGCAACUCCUUUAUUAAGAGGCGAAAGUAUAUUAUGCAGCCUCUGAGCAAAGAAGAAGCUGAGUUUCCCAUAGCAUAUUCAAUAGUAAUUUAUCACAAAAUUAACAUGUUUGAUAGACUUCUGAGAUCGAUUUACGCACCACAAAACUAUUACUGCAUUCAUGUUGAUAAGAAGUCUCCUGAGUCUUUCUUGGCUGCAGUGAAGGGGAUUGCUUCAUGUUUUGACAAUGUCUUUGUUGCCAGCCAGUUGGAGAGUGUAGUGUAUGCUUCGUGGAGUAGAGUGCAAGCAGACCUCAACUGCAUGAAGGAUCUCUACAGGAGGAGCGCAAGCUGGAAAUACCUGAUCAAUCUUUGUGGUAUGGAUUUUCCUAUCAAGACUAACCAAGAAAUAGUAGAGAAACUAAAAGCUCUCAAGGGUGAAAAUAGUUUGGAAACCGAGAAAAUGCCUUCAAACAAGGAGACACGAUGGAAGAAGCAUUAUGAAGUUGUUGAUGGCAAAGUGAAGAAUAUGGGAAUAGACAAACAACGCCCACCUCUUAAUACACCCAUUUUCUCUGGCAGUGCUUACUUUGUUGUUAGUCGGAGGUUUGUUGAAUAUGUCCUAGAGAACAACAAAAUCCUUACUUUUAUAGAAUGGGCCAAAGAUACUUACAGUCCUGAUGAAUACUUGUGGGCUACUAUUCAGCGAAUUCCCGAGGUUCCAGGUGCAGUCUCUGCCAGCGAGAAAUAUGAUGUCUCUGACAUGAAUGCUCUUGCCAGGUUUGUUAAGUGGCAUUACUUUGAGGGGGAUGUGUCCCGGGGUGCUCCGUACCCACCUUGUAAUGGAAUUCACAUCCGCUCUGUGUGUGUCUUUGGAGUGGGAGACUUGAACUGGAUGCUACGAAAACACCACUUCUUUGCCAACAAGUUUGACACUGACUAUGACCCCUUUGCGGUUCACUGCUUGGAGGAGUAUUUAAGAGACAAAGCACUGUAUCAGCACAGCCAUUAA